AUGGACUCCAGCAGAGACAUCAUAGCCCGCGUCCUCAAUCUCGUGUCUGACCGCCUCUUCCGGUCUUAUUCGACGAUGUCCCAGACGCUUCAUGCAACCCCUCUACCCAUGCUGACCCGGUCGGAGUCCGGCACAUCCUCGAGCAGGUAUACAGGAGCCGGCACUCCCGCGUCUUCAACUUCGUCUGCCACAGACGUCGAGGACUCCUUCCAGAAGUCGAGAUCUCCCUCCCCCCGUUCAUGUGGCCGACCUCUUCCUACUCUCGAGGAGCCCAGUCCCAGCGCCGCGCCUCGCUGCGACACGCUCAUUUUCGAUCUUGGCGACGUUCUUUUUACCUGGUCCGCCGAGACCAAGACGACGAUCUCCCCCAAGCUCCUUCACAAGAUUCUUCGCUCCGCAACCUGGUUCGCGUACGAGAAGGGGGACCUUGGCGAGGAGGAAUGCUACGCCCUCGUGGCGAACGAGUUCGGCGUCCCUGCCUCUGAGGUCGCCGCCGCGUUCCAGGGCGCUCGUGAUUCUCUAAAGGGUAGCCCUGACAUGAUCAACCUCAUUCGAGCUCUCAAGCUCGCAUCUCCUCACCUUCGCGUUUUCGCCAUGUCCAACAUCUCUGCUCCUGACUGGGCCGUGCUUCGCGGGAAGGCACCUGCUGAAGAGUGGGCCCUUUUUGAUAGGGUGUUCACAUCCGCGGAGGCGCGCGAGCGGAAGCCCAAUCUUGGCUUCUACCGCCAUGUUCUUGCUACCACAGGCGUCGACCCUCUACAGGCGGCGUUCGUGGACGAUAAGCUGGAGAAUGUGCUCAGCGCGCGCUCUGUUGGUCUACACGGCGUCGUAUUCGACUCUUUUGAGUCUGUGUCGAAGCAAUUGUGGAAUCUUGUAUCGGAUCCCCGGGAGCGAGCGCUCAGGUACCUCGACGCCAACGCCAAGCGGCUUGAUUCCGUCACCGACACCGGCAUCGUCCUGCGGGAGAAUUUCGCCCAACUUCUCAUUCUCGAGGCGACAGGGAAUCGCGAACUUGUCAACUAUGUCGAGCACCCCCGCCUGUUCAACUUCUUCCAAGGCGAGGGCGUCUUCACGACCGCACAGUUUCCUUGUGACCUUGAUACGACGUCCAUAGGGCUCACCGUGGCCCCCCACAUCGAUGACGCUACGAAACGCAGCGUCAUGGACGAGAUGGUCACCUACCUCAACAAGGACGGGAUUAUUCAGACGUACUUCGACCGCAGUCGGCCUCGUAUCGAUCCGAUUGUCUGUAUCAACGUCUUGACCCUCUUUCAUUCGAACGGUCGCGGCGACGAACUCGCCGCUACCCUGGACUGGGUCUACGACAAUCUGCAACAUCACGCGUACAAAGACGGAACCUACUACUACUACGGCCCGGACACAUUCCUUUUCUUCCUUUCGCGCCUCAUGUCCGUAUCGCCGACGGUACACGCGCGCUUCGCGCCGCUCUUCUCGCGACGCGUCUUGGAACGCUUUGGCGCCGAGGGGGAUGCGAUGGCUCUAGCCAUGCGCAUAAUCGCUGCGUCAAAGGUUCAAUUCUGCGAUACCGUUGACUAUCAGAGGCUGCUCGAUAUGCAGGAAGUUGAUGGAAGCUGGCCGGUGGGCUGGGUUUACAAAUAUGGAGGCGCCGACAUCGUCAUCGGCAAUAAGGGCUUGACCACCGCCCUCGCUAUCGAAGCCGUCGAGGCAGUCAGGAGCCUUCACGCUGUAUUGUAG